AUGUCGUCCCUUAGUGUCGCAGACAUUUGGACGGCGUAUUGGCCGUACAUAGUGUUGACUCUAGUGGUGGGCGUAUGCGGGUAUCUGGCUACUAUCAUUUUUGAGGAUUACCGAAGGCAGUCAACGGCGACUUCUGAGUUCUUGCAAGCAACGGGCGGUACGGGAGAGUACGAGAUCGACUUGCCCGAGGAGGAGCUGAAUGCGUAUCUUGAUUUCAAGGAAAAGGUUUUGCAGGAAUACCUUGUUAAGGAAAGGAAAGGGAGGGUGAUCUCGGAUUUGGACGCCCCUGAGAUGAUGCGAAUCAUCCGACAUGAAAUUCCAGAGUCGGAUAGGCGGAAACUGAAGGCUUUGGUGUUAAAGCGUUGCAUCGGGUGCGUCCACGUGUUGGCUCAACUGCAGAGGGAUAAGCCGGGCGCAGCGAGAAUGAUGGAUAAGAAACUAGUCGCGGAUAAGGACUUCAAUGCUGAGAUGGAUGAUGUGGUGAAAGAGUCGGAAAUGAUCGAGGAAGGCUUCGGGAGGAAUGUGUGGCCGCAGGGGCUGCAGUUUUAUAGACUAGAACAGCAUAAGGAGAUGAUGGCCAAGAAGGAGGCGGAUGAGGCAGAGGCGCGAAAGCAGUUGGCUGGUGAUUCUAGUGAUGGUAGCAGUGGCAAGAGGGACGAUGCUGAGGCUACGGAAAGGAAGGAGGAGAUGAGGAAACAGCUCCGGGAGCGCAUCCAGCAAAAGGCAGAUCAGAGAAGACGCAAAUAG